GGGCGGGCAGUAUGGUUCACUCCAGCAUGGGGGCUCCAGAAAUAAGAAUGUCUAAGCCCCUGGAGGCCGAGAAGCAAGGUCUGGACUCCCCGUCAGAGCACACAGACACUGAAAGAAAUGGACCAGACACUAACCAUCAGAACCCCCAAAAUAAGGCCUCCUCGUUCUCUGUGUCUCCAACUGGCCCCAGCACCAAGAUCAAGGCUGAAGAUCCCAGUGGUGACUCAGCUCCCGCAGUGCCCCCGCCUCCCCAGCCGGCUCAGCCUCAUCUACCCCAGGCCCAACUCAUGCUGACGGGCAGCCAGCUAGCUGGGGAUAUACAGCAGCUCCUCCAGCUCCAGCAGCUGGUGCUUGUGCCAGGCCACCACCUCCAGCCACCUGCUCAGUUCCUGCUGCCACAGACCCAGCAGAGUCAGCCAGGCCUGCUACCGACGCCAAAUCUAUUCCAGCUACCUCAGCAAACCCAGGGAGCUCUUCUGACCUCCCAACCCCGGGCCGGGCUUCCCACACAGCCCCCCAAAUGCUUGGAGCCACCAUCCCACCCCGAGGAACCCAGUGAUCUGGAGGAGCUGGAGCAGUUCGCCCGCACCUUCAAGCAACGACGCAUCAAGCUGGGCUUCACACAGGGUGAUGUGGGCCUGGCCAUGGGCAAGCUCUACGGCAACGACUUCAGCCAGACGACCAUUUCCCGCUUUGAGGCCCUCAACCUGAGCUUUAAGAACAUGUGCAAACUUAAGCCUCUCCUGGAGAAGUGGCUCAAUGACGCAGAGACUAUGUCUGUCGACUCAAGCCUGCCCAGCCCUAACCAGCUGAGCAGCCCCAGCAUGGGUUUUGAUGGGCUGCCCGGCCGGAGACGCAAGAAGAGGACCAGCAUCGAGACAAAUGUCCGCUUCGCCUUAGAGAAGAGUUUUCUAGCGAACCAGAAGCCUACCUCAGAGGAGAUCCUGCUGAUCGCCGAGCAGCUGCACAUGGAGAAGGAAGUAAUCCGCGUCUGGUUCUGCAACCGACGCCAGAAGGAGAAACGCAUCAACCCCUGCAGCGCGGCGCCCAUGCUGCCCAGCCCAGGGAAACCAGCCAGCUACAGCCCCCAUCUGGUCACACCCCAAGGGGGCGCAGGGACUUUACCAUUGUCCCAAGCUUCCAGCAGUCUGAGCACAACAGUUACUACCUUAUCCUCAGCUGUGGGGACGCUCCACCCCAGUCGGACAGCUGGAGGGGGUGGAGGCGGGGGCGGGCCCGUGCCCCCCCUCAAUUCCAUCCCUUCUGUCACUCCCCCACCCCCGGCCACCACCAACAGCACAAACCCCAGUCCUCAAGGCAGCCACUCGGCUAUCGGCUUGUCAGGCCUGAACCCCAGCACGGGCCCUGGCCUCUGGUGGAACCCUGCCCCUUACCAGCCUUGAUGGCAGCGGGAACCUGGUGCUGGGGGCGGCUGGCGCGGCCCCAGGGAGCCCUGGCCUGGUAACUUCGCCACUCUUCUUGAACCACGCCGGGCUGCCCCUGCUCAGCGCCCCGCCAGGCGUGGGCCUGGUCUCAGCAGCGGCUGCGGCAGUGGCAGCCUCCAUCUCCAGCAAGUCUCCUGGCCUCUCCUCCUCAUCCUCUUCAUCCUCGUCCUCCUCCUCCUCCACUUGUAGUGAGGCGGCAGCACAGACCCCUGGAGGCCCAGGGGGGCCCGAGGCAGGGUCCAAGCCUGAGUGAGGGCCCAUCAUGCUUCCCCUCCCACUCCUCUGACCCUCCACCUUGGUCCCCCGCCUGGGAAGAGGGCGAGGAGGCCAGUGGUGGGGGUACAUCGGGUCCUUGGAGCAGGAGUGACAAGGGAGGAAAGACCAAAAACCCAAUCAACCAAAAAAAGAAGAAACUAACCAACAAAAAAGAAAACCAAAAAUAAUCACAACAGAAACCAGCUGCCCCAAAGGAACCAGAGGUGAAAAACAAAUAAAAAAACCAAAAACAAAC